AUGGAGAAGCAGCCCAGCGUGGAGGUGAUGGAGGAGCUCAGGGACCAGGCCCAGACGGACACCAUCAGGUUGACUUUCGACUUUAGUGCGAUGAUGGAUGCCAGAUCCAGACUGUCGGUGGGCAAGCAGACGGGGGAGGACGGGAUCACGGUUAGCAUGCUGAAGACUCUAGGCUUCGGGAACCUUCAGGAGAUAUGUAAGAUGUUUUCGGCGAUCUAUGAGGGGCGGGAACCGACGCCAAAGGACUGGCGCAGGAUAGUGCUCACGCUCAUCCCCAAGAGUGAGAAGAUUACGAGUUUGGAGGAUACCAGAGCGAUUGCAGUUUCUUCAUGCUUGACUAAGUGGUAUUCGCUUUCCCUGGUUGUGGUCCUGGAGAGGUUCCUGGCCAAAAACUUGGACCCCGAG